CAAAAAUAGGUCCAAAGGCAUGAGUUUCAUGUCGCUGGUAGACGGCCGUCUUAUGAGUGGUAACGGCACGGUGUUUCAGUGCCUGUAAGGCCGACGGGUUCGCGCAGGAAAGCUUUGCGAUCAUACCAAUGGUCUCAAGACAGGAUGAGUGCACUGCACCGGACGCAAGAACAUAUGCAUGCAGCUAUCCAGGCGGGUGAAGGCUCAGUGAUCAAAGGUGGGACUGGAAGGCCUAAUGCCAUAGCCUUGUGCUUUUGACCAAUUGAAGAAGCUAUUAGUCGAAAGGAUCUCGAAGUUUGCUAAAAGCGAGGCUGAGACAUCUCCAUUGUUGUCUUUCUCAUCAUCUCUCUAUUUUUACUUACGGCGCACGAUCGCAGUCAAGAGGACUGAACAACACGAGGGCUCGAGCGAUCGAAAGGGAUACAGCGCAGUAUGGGAGCCAGCACUCUCAUCGUCUAUGGUAAUGAUGCCGCUAACACAGCUCCAUCUAAUGGUGUUACGGUAUCGGUCCCUCUGAUUACUGGCGGAUUCACGGUCUCCAAUGAACAAGGUUUCAACGUCGUCAAGUCAGCUUGCUCUAGCAGCUGCCCCCAACUUGGCUCCCAAACAUACUUCGUCGAGCUCGUAGACCAGACCCUAAGGAUCUCUGAUUGGCAUCCUACCACGACGACUACGUCAAUCAGUGACUCCAAUAUCAAUGUCAUAUACACGCUCGGAGAGGCCGCGGCAACGUUCACCCAUGGCUCUGCCACGGGCAGUUUCAUAUUGGGAGCAGAAACUAAUGUGGAGGGAGUGAGGAUGGGCCUCCAUACAGACAAUCUACUUGUCAAUGGCGUUUCUCUGAUACCUGUCUCUGGAGCUGACGCCAUCUCCACUACUUCACCAGCCUUGAACACGCCUUCGCAGACUACAGCGUCAAACACGGCAGCGGGCCCAUCUGCUGCACCAUCCGUAUCGUCAGCAGUACCGACGACGACGAACAGCCCAAUUACUGCUUCUCCUGGACCUGCUGUUUCACGGGUUCUCUCCUCGGGCGCUAUCGCAGGCAUCGCAAUCGGCACGGCCCUUCUUGGAGCUCUUAUAGGAGCCGCCAUCAUGUUCUUCUUCCGUCGCCAGGAUCAACGCCAGACACGAACACAAUCCCGCAUCGGUCUAGUUGAAAUGAUUACGAAAGACCGAGAAGAACCAUAUGACGAGCCGAAGUCUCCAACCACGGGACUGGUGGCCAUGGUGAGCAGUAACAUGCCACAGGCAGCAGAAGACCGGCAGAUAGAGCGCGAACUGGGCACACUAUGCCAGAGGAUCAGAGACCAUAUCGGAAGCUACUACGACUGCUCAACUCCUACACCUGCCACAACUCUUCUGGACCUCUCGACGCUUGGUCCGCAGAUGUAUAUCUCAACUCCUGAGCUUUCAACUUUGCUGGCUAGCCCAGAUACACGUGCUUCUGCUCUCUGUCUAUGUGUCUCAUGGACCAUCGUUUCACGCCUGUCACUCUCAUGUGACCCACAGACAUCCUUCUUGCCCAUUGAAGCAUCAACUAUUCUGGCGCAAGUCCGUGGCGCAGUCAUCAGUGGAGAUCGAGCUCAAACCGCCACUUUCAACCUCUGGCGUACCCUCACUGCCAACCUGCUGAAGUCUAAACACAUCCACGACGAGAACCGCACACUUUCUCUCUCAUCAGCCCUGUCUGCACCUCCUCUCCCCGCUGCAAGUAUUCACGCCGCCCUAGCCGCUCUCCAGGUCGUCCUCGCACCGUACGUGUCCAGCAGAUACUCGGACGCGGACAGGACGUCGAAUUUAGAGGAGAUCCUUAAGCGUGGGGCCCGAUUCGGAUGGUUACUGUUCGGGCAGCCUGGCGUGUGGGAGUUUAGAUGGGAGUUAGGGGCAGGGGAAGUCUGUAUAUUUCCAGCACUGGUGCAGACGGUGGGUGAUGAAGGGGAGAGGCUGUCGAGGGAGAGGGGCUUGGUUGAGGGGGUUGUACUGAGGAGGUGAGACCGGUGCUCAAUCAUAUCGGCGUACUGGAUGUGUCUGUUCGGGGUAUCUGGCGUGGUGAUAUGGGUUUAAAUACGUGAGAUGUCAUGCGGUCGAUGAUUCUCCUACCGUACAUGACUUUCGGUCCUCAAUUUUGAGGUGUGUCGCACCCUGGCUUGCGUACAUAGUUAUUAUAUUGAGUCGACAUGAUGUCUAGCCAUGA